UCCAUGUUAAACAGUCUGCACUUAUUGUCCACUUUUCGCCUCCUUGAUCCGCUCAUUUUACGGAAGGGCUCACAAGGCCAAGCGAAAAUGCACUUAUUGUAAGACGCUUUUAUCCAAAGCGUCUUACUAUAAGUGCAUUCAACCCUGAGGAUACAACCCCAGAACCACAAGAAGCAAGAAAGUACAAUUUCUUAAAAAAUAAAGCAAAAUUACAAAGUGCUAUAACAAAGUGCAAUUCAAGUGCUACUAAAUUGUUAGUUUAAAAAAAUAUAUAUUUACUUCGAAAAGUUCGGCGGGCCGGAUUAAAGAGCCCAAUGGGCCGUACUUUGCCCAUGUCUGUACUAGCCUCUUAGCAGUGUGUCCACAUAGACGUUAAUAAUUCAGUCAAUACUCGUAUCUGAAAUAGAUGAUUUAAUGAUUUUAUCCUUCUUUCAUUCUCUGAAAAAUUACAUAAAAUGUUAUUGUAAAACAAAGUCGAUUUUCAGUAACGGUACUACUUUUGUAUUGUACUGGUUCAGGGGUAAUUUUUACAACUAUAUUGCUGACAGGUUAUAUUCUAUUUGCAUUUUGCCGAAGAUUCAGAUCUCUUGACACAAGAGAAAUUCAGACUGGACGUGGCCUUUCCAUAAAACAGUAAAUGCACGGUGAUGACAUCGAUACAGUGGUAAUAUCGCAUUUCCACAUCUCUCAAACAGGUUGGAGACACCUCAUUUGAUUUGCCAGAAGCCAAUGUUCUGAUCCAGAUCUCCUCCCAUGGGGGGUCAUAGGUCAUCACUAAGUUGGCCGGUAUGGAAGAAGAAGACUUGAUGUUUUCCACCCGAGAUGAGCAACAGCAGCUGCUGAUGAAGGUCCUUGCUGCGUCCGACCUGGACGCUGAGGGGGAAGUGGUGUCCGGGGAGUUUGGCACACGACAACAGUUCUCGAGGCGAACGGGCACCAUGAGCUCCAUGUCCGGUGCAGAUGACGCCGUCUACAUGGAGUAUCACAGCAGAGGCAGCAAAUCCUCCCAACUCAAGGGCGUUCAUCCGCUGUUCAAACGCUUCAGAAAAUAGAUGCACUGACUGAGACGUUCACACCGAAAUACCUACUCUGUUGCUUAUCAACUGAUUGAGCUGGUUUCACAGAACUGCAUUUUCUCAGAAUGAAACCCGAAUUGACCUGAGUUAAUCAGCUUUUGAGUUAAUGUGGCAAAGAUUUGAAAGGUUUAUACAUCACAACCUUAAUUCACAUAAAUCGGUGGAUACUACAGAUCUGUGUUCCUGGUUGUGCCCCAUGAUGUUAUUGUAAGUUAAUAUGAUUUGUUAGAGAGUUUACUUUGUAAUGUUGCCAAAUGUUUUUUGGAAAAGAAGUCUUUGGAUUAUUAAC